GUACCUCCCAUUUAUUACCCCCUUGUCUUUUGGCUGCAUCCCCUUCUCCAUCCACUAAAUGCCUCUUUGCCCUCUCUUCCCUCCUCCUCCACCACUACUUUUGGGCUGCUUAAUUCUCCAGACCACCUUGCUCUUUCUUUUUUUUUUUUUUUUCUCCAACUAGGUUUUCCUCUUUGAUGAUCAGUUUUCAUCAUCUCUAGGAUAAAUUUCUGAGGUCCUCUCCACAAUCUUUCAUCCUGGAGACUGCAAUAUCAUAACCUGAUUUCCUUGAAGGAACAAAAAAACUCUUGCAAGGGCUCCAAGCUAGCUACAAGAGAAAAGUGCAUAUAUAUGGCUUCAUCAAGUUCGUACAACUCUCCUUGUGCUGCCUGCAAGUUCUUGAGGCGAAAAUGCAUGCCGGGUUGCAUCUUUGCACCCUAUUUCCCACCCGACGAGCCACAGAAAUUCGCCAAUGUUCAUAAGAUCUUCGGCGCCAGCAAUGUAACCAAGCUUCUAAACGAACUCCUCCCUCAUCAACGAGAGGAUGCAGUAUAUUCCCUCGCCUACGAAGCCGAAGCCCGAGUCAAGGAUCCUGUCUAUGGCUGCGUCGGAGCCAUUUCCCACCUGCAAAGACAGGUCGAGCAGCUCCAGAAGGAGCUGGACGCCGCAAACGCCGACUUGAUCCGGUACGCCUGCGGCGAGAUUCAGUCGGCGGCUUUGCCGGCAGCCCCCCCACCGGCAGUGAAUUCAGUUCAUGCCAUGAGUAGAAGAAUGGGGAACAAUGAAGGAGGAGCAUUUUAUCAAACACCUUCAUUCCCAUUCCCUUAUCCUCAUCCAUGGGAUGAUCAUAGCUCCUCCGGAAACAUUUGAUUAUUUGGAGCUGGGAACAGUAUCAAAAACCAAAACCCAUCUUGGGAUUGCUUCUGCCAAGGGCUGGAAGCUUAGAAGCCUGCAGAAACUGUCCUAUGAUGGCCGUGGUAUUAGUGUGUUUUAGUUAAGGAUUCUAGCUAGGUAUGGUCAACAUGGACUCUUCUAGCUAGGUGUCUGAGAUAAUUAUUUGGUGGGUUUAAUUAGUACUUCUUCUGCUGCUAAGGCCAAUAACCGUAAGUACUUGAAUUUUGUUGCUUAAGUCGGUAACUAUAUAUGGCUAGUAAAUCUUUGUUGUCAUUGAUGAAACUCUAGAGCAUGUGCAUGUGGAAGUUGUUGUUCUCCAGGGUUAAGAAUAAAAGUAAUAAGACUAAGUUAAUUGUAAAGAGGAUUCUCUUGGCCUAAGUUUCUGUAGCUGUUCAGUUCUCAAUUGCACUAUAUAUUCUCUCUUCUCUU